AGCGAGGAGCUGGAAGAGGCCAGGAUACGAGCCAAAUACUCUAUGGUGUUUCACACAGCCAAGAAAUCAAGGAGGUGGAAAAACAAACGAGAGGGGACAGAUGCUAACAACCGACCCAUCAAAGCUGCUGGGAAAGUUAUUAUCCAAGAUAUUUCCUGCUUGCUGCCUGUCCACAAGCUGCUGGGAGAGCUCUACAUAUUGAAUGUGAAUAACAUCCAGGAGACUUGCCAGAAGAAUGCUGCCUCAGCCCUGGCUGUGGGACGGAGAGAUCUCGUACAGGUUUGGUCACUGGCCAUGGUAGCCACUGAUCUCUGUCUUGGACCGAAGUCUGACCCAGAUUUGGAGAUACCUUGGGCGCAGCAUCCAUUUGGACGUCAAUUACUGGAGUCCUUGCUGGCUCAUUACUCACAGCUCCACGACGUGCAGACCCUGGCCAUGCUCUGCAGUGUGUUUGAAGCCCAGUCCAGGCUACAGGGGUGCCCCAACUCUUAUGGCCCGUUUCCUCAACGUGCCUCCAACCUGGCCUCCCACAGUCGAUACCCCAGCUUUACUUCCUCUGGCUCUUGUUCCAGCAUGUCAGAUCCUGGGAUUGGCACUGGAGGCUGGAGCAUAGCAAACAAAGACACGGAGCAGGCCUCCACCCCCUGGUGUGAGUCUUCUCCAGAUGAUUUCCGCUAUGGAAGCCUAAUGUAUCCUGAUCAUCGGGAGCGGGAGAAAGACCAGCAUGAGAAAAACAAAAGGCUGCUGGAUCCUGCCAACACUCAGCAAUUUGAUGACUUUAAGAAGUGCUAUGGAGAAAUCCUUUAUCGCUGGGGCCUGCGAGAGAAGCGGGCUGAGGUUCUGAAGUUUGUCUCGUGUCCUCCUGAUCCCCACAAAGGAAUUGAGUUCGGCGUGUACUGCAGCCACUGCCGCAGCGAGGUGCGCGGCACCCAGUGUGCCAUCUGCAAGGGCUUCACCUUCCAGUGUGCCAUCUGCCACGUGGCCGUGCGAGGCUCCUCCAAUUUCUGCCUGACGUGCGGACACGGAGGCCACACCAGCCAUAUGAUGGAGUGGUUUCGCACGCAGGAGGUGUGCCCCACGGGCUGUGGGUGCCACUGCCUGCUCGAGAGCACCUUCUGAGCACUGGGGCCAGCAGGGUGCCAGGGAACUGGAUUGGG